AGAGUCUUGAACCAUGGCAGUUAAAGUGAUGUCAGACUUGUUAAUUCAACAGUGCGGAUGCACCCUUAGCCUUGGGGAUUCUCAAGCUUCACCAGAUCCAGAGGACACUGCGCGCAGCUCCCCGCAGAGCCUGGCCCUCUGCCUGCGCUCUCCUCCCCAAGAAAGGCUCCUCCUUCGUGGGCUCUCCUUUCUCCACGCCUUCCCUUCGGCCUCCCGGCUCCAUUCAAACGCGUCUCUUUCCUUCGGCGUUGCGGCGAGUGGAAGCAGGCACAGGCAGCCUCGGAAGGAAGGCGUCUUUCCUUUGUUGUCCCGCAGCCGAAACUGUCUUUGCAAAAUGAGCCAUUUUCCUCGGAAGAGCUCCUUGGAGCUCCAGCAGUCGGAGUGCAGACAUUCCAGGGCAGACUCCUCUAGCAAUUUAUCAAUGGAUACUUUUUGGCUUGAGGUGGAGAGCAUUAAAGAGAAUACUGAGUCAGAGCAAGAAGAGUGCAACCUUAUGGACGCCAAACCUCCUGAAGAAGGGGAAGCCGAAGCUGAAUGGCUGCAAGAUGCAGGGCUCUCCGACUUGAUUGGAGAUUGCGCUGAGGAGAAUGGCAACAUCGUUUUGCUUUCUACUUUGACGAAGACUCAGGCUGCGGCUGUGCAGCGACGGCUGGAUACUUACACUCGUUCCCGAAGGAAGAAGAACAAACAGCCAGUCCGGGAUGUCAGGGACAUUUUUGGUGUAGUUGGUUCUGGGAAGGAACCUGAAAUGGAGUCACAGAUGGAUCGAUUACACUGCAAGUCUGCAUCAUCAAAUGGCAUUCAAAAAUCAGAUACAAAGGGGAUUCAGGAGUUUGCCUCACCCCUGAGAGGUUCUGUGAGAGAGGAAUUAUUCAACACUGAAAUUGCUUAUUCAGAGCAGGCAGCCAUCUUGCUCAAAGGAUCCUUCCCAAGGGACUCCAGGAGGUUCAAGGAUGACAUCUGUUUCCCCAAAAUUAAGAUCCCCAAGGGCAGACUGGGAAUGACCAGGAUUGGAGAUUUAUCUCAACAGGACAUGAAGAAGAUCCCCACUCUGGCACUCAUUGAGCUGACUGCUCUUUGUGAUGUCCUUGGCUUAGAGCUGAAGAGAAACAAGGCAUUGAAACGGAAGGCGGCAGAGCACAAGCUUUUUGGUGUUCCACUUGGAACUUUGUUAGAAAAUGAUCAAAAGCUCCUACCAAAUACCAGAGUUCCACUGAUUCUGCAAGCGUUGCUGUCAUGUUUGGAAAAGAAAGGCCUAGACACAGAAGGAAUCCUCAGAGUCUCAGGAUCACAGUCCCGCAUUAAGAGUCUGGAACGAAAACUGGAAAGUGAAUUCUAUACUGGCUUCUUCCAGUGGGACAAUGUCCAUCAAAAUGAUGUGUCUGGCUUGCUCAAGAGGUUCAUCCGGGAACUCCCUGCUCCCCUGUUGACAGCAGAAUACUUGCCUGCCUUUGCAGCUGUGCAAAAUAUCCCAGACCUGAAACAAAGACUACAAGCUCUCAAUUUGCUCAUAUUGAUUUUGCCAGAACCAAAUCGAAACACAUUGAAGGCUCUGCUUGAGUUUCUGAGGCUGGUGGUUACCAGGGAAAGAAAAAACAAGAUGAAUCUCUGGAAUGUUUCCACAGUCAUUGCACCCAAUCUCUUCAUGCACAAAGGCUUGCCAAACAAGAUUCCAGAAGGGAAGGAGAAACAGCUGGCUGAGGGUGCGGCUGACAUUGUGCGAAUGAUGAUCCACUACCAGGAUUUGCUUUGGACUGUUCCAUCUUUCUUGGUAGCUCAAGUGAGAAAACUGAAUGAGAGCAGCAGUAGGAAAUAUCAAUUCUAUGACAAAAGGAUAAAAAACUUGUUAAGGAAGAUUCAUUCAGACAAGGAAAAGACAGAGAAGAACCAUGGUGAACCAUCUAAAGUAGUAAAAGUCCAGACCCCCCUGCUUCUAAAGGAUUCUCUGGAAGUUCACCUAACUAAUGGAAUCAAAGCUGCUGAUGUAUUGAGGCAGUUCCAGAAGAAUCUCUGUCAGAACGGCUGGAAUAUUGUCAACACGGUCCAUCUUCUAAAAAGUAAUGGUUCAGUGGAUUCAGUGAACCUGCUACUUUAUGAAGUUGGUGGCAAUAUAAGUGAGCAUUGCUUGGACCCAGAUACAUACCUCUUAGACUUGUACCAUGUAAAUCCUCAUGCAGAAUGGAUUAUAAGACCAAACCCAUCUUUUUCAAGAAUGUUCUAGGAAGAUCACUCAUAGGAAAACCCAACUAGUUAAAUAAAUUGUCAGGAGAGAGGGAUUUCAAGCCUAAUCUGUGUCUCAGUAUUUUAUUAAUGAGUGAACAGACAAUGGAAGAAGAAACGGUUUCUUUUAAAUGUUCAUAUGGACAAAUUAAUCAGUGGGAGUUCCACAGAUGAUAUAUGACUAUUAAUGAGAGUUGCCAGGAGAUAAAAUACUAAAAGAAGAGCAAUUUCUGUCAAACUGGUAUUGAACGUUCAUUCAUUUAUUGAAGAUACCUAAAUUCUGCACACUGGAAGGAGGUGAAUCCAGAAUUGCAACUUGCUGCAGUUGAAAAACUUUAUAACAGGAGGCAACAGAUUUGGAUUAAGACUUCUUGGAUGGAUAUGGGUGCUUUUUAUUAUUAUUUCUAGAGAGUGUAACAUAAAUUGCUCAGAAUGUCAGGAGAAUAAGAAGGAAACCAUAAUGGGAGAUUCUACCUUCUUAAUAUCACAGUCUAAUCAGACUAGUUGUGAAAUAGUAGCUAUGCACAAGUGUAUGCAUUGAAUGUCUUCUGUGAAGCAUUCUAAUACAGUCCAAUAUAUAAAUUGUUUUUGUAAGCAUGCACAGUUUUUCUGUGACCUUUUAAAAAAUGUAAUGUGCUCCGAGAGCACCUUCCUACUUGGCUACACUAAACCACUUCAGUAUUAUGCUUUAAUUACUAUUUUCUAAUUUUCAAAGUGGAUUUACUAUCCAUAUCUGGUAGUAAUAAUUCCCUACUGGUAAGAAAAUUCAACUAAGGACUUAUCUUCCUUCUCCAUACUCUUACAUCAGUUGUUCUGGCAAAGACAAUCCUUAAACACCUGAGCCAUAUAGAUUUUUUUAAUCUUCUUGUCUUUCUUGGUUUUUUUUAUGCUAUUGUUUUUUAAUACUGUGUUUGUAGGUGUGUUUACUAAAAGCCUGUUGAAUGUGUGCAGAUUUUUUUGAAGAAAAUUAUUACCUGUACUUGGAUAUCCUUGUGAUAACCUCUGCUUUCUCUGAAAAAGAAACAAGCUGAAAUAGCCAUCUAACUUUCAAGAAUGUUUUCCUCCCUUUCCACUUGAAAUUGGACAGGACCCAUUCUGUCUUGUUUUUGAGUUCAGGAACAAAUAGAGACAAUAAAAAGAGAUGUGCUUACAGACUAGAGCAUCUGGGAAGGCUGUACUUCUUUGCAAGAAAUCGCACUGUCAAGGAAUCCCAGCAGAACAAAAUAUAAACAAUUUGUUUGAGUAGAUAUUGCAGGAAGAUUUCAUUUAUUUUGAUGUAAAAAGAUGUAAAAGAAUAUAUUUGUGUUAUCUGAUACUUUACAAAAUUCAUUUACAACAAGUUAUCAGAUUGGUUACAAGUUGCAACAUGGGAAGCAUACAUAUUUUCAAAUUUUUUUUUGCAUCCAAUUAAAUGUAGACAGAGCAAGGAACCUGUCACACUACAUAGUUAUCACACUAUGAUUCUGCUUUAACUGUCAUGGCUGCAUCCUAUGGAAUUCUGGAGUUUGUAGUUUGUCAAGGCACUAGUGCUCUCUGGCUGAGAAUUCUCACUGUCCUUGCUUUAACAUGCAAAUCCCAGGAUUACAUGGCAGUUAAUGAGGAAUCAUAGUGUUACUGUUGUGCUGUGUGAAAAGGGCCAAAACGGUAUUGUUUUAAAGUUGUUUUUGUAUAAUUGAUUGGGCCACAGUUUAAUAAGAAUUAGUAUGAUCAUUAUUUUUAUUUUCCACUGAGAACGUUCAGUUUUGUACAUGAGACCAAUCUGAAUGGAAAGCAAUGAGACUGAAAAGAAAUUGCUGGAUUAAACUCUGCAAAAACACUAACAAAGUCAUGUGGAAAAUCAUAUGGGGAAACAUACCUUAAGAUAAAUAGACCAACAUUUGAGGAGUAAACAUCUCAACUAUAAUGUCAAUGUUCUUUCAAAUGCUUUUGAUGUCCUUUAUCUCUUGUUGACAGCAGUUAAAGCAGUGAGUCAUAAAAUGGACUUUUGUUCUUGUUUUCAUAUUUGUGUGUUUUAAUUAUGAUUUAUAUUAAUAUUUUGAUGCUGUAUUUAAAACAGUCAAUAAAGAAAAAGUCAUAUUUUCAAAACCAUUUUACCCUGUAUCACACAUUAUAUUUUGUCAGUUGCUGGAUAUUACCUGUUGAUAAACUCUACAAACUAGCUGGCAUUGCCCUUCCGUGAUGUGAAAUGGGAAGUGUCUGCUAACUGUGUGAGAAAUAAAGUUGAACACUGUGAAAACCA